UCACAGCGACCAGGAGGCAGGAAUAAUAGGGGUUAAAGGUCGGACGGAAGUUCACCAAGCUUCCGGUGGCCGACUUGAGUGCGAGCUAUGGCUAAACAUCACCCGGACUUGAUCUUUUGCCGCAAGCAGGCUGGUGUUGCCAUCGGAAGACUGUGUGAAAAAUGUGAUGGCAAGUGUGUGAUCUGUGACUCCUAUGUGCGUCCCUGCACCCUGGUGCGCAUAUGUGAUGAGUGUAACUACGGCUCUUACCAGGGGCGCUGCGUGAUCUGUGGAGGCCCCGGCGUCUCUGAUGCCUAUUACUGUAAGGAGUGCACCAUCCAGGAGAAGGAUAGAGAUGGUUGCCCAAAGAUUGUCAAUUUGGGGAGCUCUAAGACAGAUCUCUUCUAUGAACGCAAAAAAUAUGGUUUCAAGAAGAGGUGAUUGGUGGGUGGCCUCUUCCUUCCCCCAUCAAGCUGCUGCAGCUGCCAGAAAAGACACCUACUACUGCCAGCAGAAAGGGAGCGGAGUGCAGAGCAUCACCUGAAUUGCUUGCCAGUACACUGGCACCUUUCCGCCCUUUCCUCUCCUCUCACCCAGACACGUGGUAGGAAUGGAAAAGGAUUCUUCACAGAGCACUCUGGCAGCCUGUAUCAGGAAAUUGGAUACCUUCGUUCAUGGUUUGUCUUCACUUCAGGGAGCAGGGCUCUGCUUGCCACAUUGCUAAGUUCUCUCUACACCAAGACCUCCUAAAACAGUAAUAAUAUCAUUUCAGUCUUCUGUUUGAGGAGCUGACUGUGCAGCCACCCACGGUGAGGAACUUGUUCUUGCAGCAGCUCUGAUGGUUGUUGUCCUUGAUGAAACACCUGCAUUGGGGGAGGGGAAGCUCUCCCAACAAUAAACAUGGACAUUUAAUCUUAUAACACUUUCCAGGGGCUGCUGGUUCAUGUUAUUUUUCUUCUAAGAAAUUGGAAACCCUUUCUGUUGCUGAUGUAUCAAUAAAGUAGGUGUUUAUUUUCUGGUA